GUCAUCAUCAACUCGAACCUAUCUUCACUCUUCAGUUCAGAGUGCAGGAAGAAUGGCAACGUCAACGCUGAACCCUAACGCGCCGAUAUUUGUUCCGUCGGCUUACCUUGCGGUGGAGGAUUUUUCUGACCAGUGGUGGGAUCUGAUUCAAUCCUCCUCCUCAUUUCGAGACUACUGGCUCCGAGAGUGCUUUUCCGAUCCCCAAAUCGACAAUCCUGAUCCUAAUUAUUCUAAUUUUCUGGUCUCCGGAGAUAUAGACAGUUUCAUUUUCGACGAUGGCAUCUUCAAAGGUAACUCCAUCAAAGAGGAAGAGGGGAAGUUGGACUUGGUGACGCUGGGGCAGUUAAAGUGGAGGAAGGCGCGUGGCGGAAUGGAGAUGCCAAGGUACUGCGAGAAGGCGCCGAAGAUCGUGAAUGUGAAGGUUUACCCGAGGCCGAUUCAGCAACCGCGUUAGAGUGA